CGUCAUAGUGGCUUGACGUAAAAUGAUAAUUAAGUCACGUAUUUUUAUGCGUGGAAUCUAGAUAGUUUAGCUAAAACAAAAUACUGAGUUAAUGUACCCUAUUUUAAACAUAAGGAUGAUAACCACCGUUUACAGUGCUGUAGAAAGGUGUAGAUAACUUUGUUUUCCCUCGUAAAUUAUUCCAUCCUUUAUUACAAGCCACCCAAUAGCCGAUGUGUAUUUGUGUUCUGGGGUGUCGUUAAACAUUCAUUAUUACAAGUGAAAUGUUAUCCACGGUACUCCGGAGAGCCUUGUAUCUCUUUAGGGGGUAGGUACGACAGAUGUACACAAGUGCAUUAGCGUGAUUACACAGUUAGUGAUGUCGAUACGUCCAUCCUUUGUUACGAACGAAUUUGCAGAACUGGCCGAGAUGCUGGACGACAAAGGUUACUUAUUGGGUUCCAAGAUCGGCUCGGGAACCUAUUCCCAGGUGCGACUCGUCAAGAGAAAGUCGGACGGUAAAACUCUAGUGACGAAAAUCAUCAACAUAAAGUCUGCCGCACAGGACUACGUAGAGACGUUUCUUCCCAGAGAGCUGGACAUCAUGGUCAAAGUGCACCACGAGCACAUCGCCAGCGUGGAGGAGAUCAUUCACAUCGACGACUGGGUGUUCGUUAUAAUGGAAUACGCGGCCAAAGGCGAUAUGAUGGACUUCAUUACCAACAAGGGCGCCAUGAGCGAGCAGGAGGCCAAGCGCGCGUUCAGGCAGAUGGCCAUGGCUGUAGACUAUCUCCACGAGAACAACAUAAUCCAUCGAGACAUCAAGUGUGAAAAUAUCCUCAUCAAGGAAAACGGAGACAUCAUUGUUAGCGAUUUCGGCUUUUCUCGGACGAUCAAGGACAACGAAUUGUGCAGGACAUACUGCGGAAGCUGUGCGUACGCUUGUCCACAGAUCAUUCGAGGGAUUCCCUACGACGGCAAAGGCAGUGACGUGUGGGGUAUGGGCUGCGUUCUGUUCGUCAUGCUGUUUGGCAAGAUGCCCUUCGAUGACAUCAGUCUCAAGAGGAUGAUUCAGUCCCAGGACAAAGGCAUAUCGCUGUCCAGAAGAGUGGCAAACCCACUUCCGGAGUCGUGCAAAUGUUUACUGAAAAGUGUUUUGGAGCCAGACCAGACUAAAAGAUACACCACUAAAGAUAUCCUGAACAGUGAAUGGUUGAAAGAAGGUGAUAAAUGAAAGGAAAAACCGAUACCACAACCAGAUCAGUAGUGAAUAUACUCAGUUCUAGAUUCAGGCGCGGAUGCAUGAUUUGUUCCAGGAAAGGUGUUCCACUUUACAAAGUGUACCUACUGUAUUCAAAAUAACACUUAAAAUGCAUCAUAUAUAGGCAGGUUUUCCAUGAAAACACAAGCCGACCAAAAUAAUUACACCGCGGGAUAGGGGGAUGUACCCCCAGCUCGAUCCGCGCCUGAUUUAAUUGAUCUGUUUUUAACUGAAUAAGACAACAAAAAUGCAUUAGUUAAAAUACUGACAACAGGGCUGAACCAACUGGGGGAGAGACAUUUUUAAAAAUCGGGACACAGUAGCAAGACAAAAAAUCGUAGUUCUGAACUAAAAUAUUGAAGAAAUUAAAAAGAAAAUAUGUGUAUAUAGCACUAAUUUUUGUUGAAUCUGUUAUGUUUUAGGUUAGUUUGUAUUUCUUUUAUACAGUUAAGUAGUAGUAUACCAUUAGUUCUCGUGUGUACCCGUCGCGAAAAGAGUUCGCUUGUU